AUGGUUGUAAAGCUAUUGCAGAAUAAUUCAAAUGCAAUUGUAAACCAAAUCUUCUCAACACUUGACCUGCUCUUUCAGACCGCUAUAAAAUUGUCGUGCUUCGUAGACCACGAUGAUCUGUUCCCAUCGUUAACUAUCUUAGCAUUCCACAUUCAACAGUCUAUCAUCACGGAGGAGAUUCAAUUCCUCAACGAGUUGCCUCUUGAGAAACUUUUAAGACUGAAGAAUUCUUUACGAGAUCUCGCGGUGCCGGAAUAUACUAAUGAAACUGCCGCAGAUCAUAAUUUCAUGCAAAAUUUCGGCGCACAGGCUAUGGCUAUGAGAGCACCCGCGAUAAAGAGAGGUGAUUAUGAGGAAGAAUUGUAUAAAAAGGGGAGCGUCAGCAAAAUAAGCAACAUAUUCUCCAUGUCCGUAACAACGUUGGCGUUUCUGGCGUUCGGUGGCUACCUCCUCUGUCUCAUAGUUCAGGCGGUGAAGUCUAAACAGGCAUACAAUCCGGCGACCAUGGCUCCAUCGACUUUCCUGGUUAACGCCGGAAUCAAGAAACCUCAGUCGCAAUUUGCUUCGUACGGCCGAAAAAGGCGGGAUAUUGAGUUGAGUGACAUAGAUUUACCGCCCGACGAACUGUUUUCAGCAUUGAUACAACUUUGUGAAGGGUAUGCACAGUGGAGUAAACUAAACGGAGAUGGG